AUGGUGUUCGGAACUCCGCCACGGGGCGCACACCCCUCCACGCCCGGCACCAGCACCGCCGCGGCGGAGACUUUCUUUGCCUCUCCUUCCUCCCCCGCUCCGCGACGCCCCGGUGAUGCGACGCCUACCUCAGUCACCUCCUCCCACUUCUGCGGCGCCUCCUCCCCGUCCUCGCUGCCCAGCCAGUACAGCAGACACGCUCAGCAGCACGCCCGCCUUUCGCCGACCCCGGUGUCUUCGCAGGCAUCGGUGGACCGCUACGUCUCAGCCUCCUCACGACAGGCAUCAUCGAUAUCACGUUUCAUCCUGACCUCCCGCGAACGAAAAACACCGAUGCUUAUCCGGGCAGCUCAGCAGCAGCAGUAUCACCUCUCCCUCCGCAGCCCAUCGCAUGAUCCGUCCUUUGACAUGUCCCUCUCACUGGAGGACUCCUACACUUCCCUAACUCGGUACGCUGUGGACCGAAGCCCUUCGCGCCACGCCGUCGGGGCCUCGCCGCAGCUACAUAGGAGCCUUCCACGAACUAGCAGCUCUGUCAUGACGCCCAGUAGCACGCUUCUGAGCAGUGUCUUCGCAAAAAUGCAUCUCGACCCGUCCGCCACGCUCCACAGCAGCCGCGAGCGUAGUGCGAGCAGUCAUUCUGUAGCGGGUGUGGAUGCGAGCAGUGGAUGUGGGGGCCAGCUUGGCGAAGACAGCAGGAGCUCGCCGUCCUCAGUGAUGGGACUUGAGCCGUACAUGACGAAGCUCGCGCGCACCCUCUUUAGCGAUGUGGAGCAAACCACCGUGCUGCCCGUGAACGACACCGCUGCACGACCGCUGGGCAUGACCGCGUGCAGCACUGGUGGCAGCGUCCACGCAGAGGAGGAGGAGGAGGUGAGUAGUCUCAUUAAGGAUGGAACAGUGGUGCUCGGUAGCAGCGCAACGUUUGGUCGCAGCGGUGCCCGACACGAUCGAACAGACGAAAACGAAGAUGACAACGGCGGUGACGCCCUAGAAGAAAGUUGGAUGCGCUGCGAAGAGGACGAGCAAGCAGUACUGUCAUCGGUGGCAAAUCGCAGGCACGUGGCUUCGCUGCCCACCCGCGUGCCGCUUGCCAUGUCUGAGGUGAAUCGGUUCGGCAUGACAGAAGGUGCGCGCUUCGACACAUCGCUCGGCGUCGUAUUCGAGUGCAACCGCACACGCAACUUCACAACCCCCUCUUUCCGCGUAAUCCCGCACACGCCAGAGCGCAUCCUUGACGCAGCCGACAUGGAGGACGAUUUUUACAUGAAUCUUAUUGACUGGUCGGCCACAUCAGACAUCUUGGGCGUCGCGCUGCAGAACUGUGUGUACUUGUGGAAUGCUAAGACGUGCGACAUCACGGAGCUGCCGCGUGUCGUCUCGACUGGUAGCGGGAUGCAUGGAGAGGGCCGAUCGGCCAACGCACAGCUCGUCUGCGGCCUGAACUGGGCACCAGAUGGCCGCCACCUUGCCAUCGGCCGCAACAGCGGUGCGGUGGAGGUGUGGGACGUCGAGGCGCAGCGAAUUGUGCACACGUACCGGCAACAUGCAGACCGCACCGUGUCCCUCUCCUGGGAUCCUCUAGGGGGCUGGCUUCUGGCAUCGGGAAGUCGCGACAGCACCAUCGUCCUGCGCGAUGUACGCGAGCGCGACACCACCUCCGCAUCGAUGUCGUCGGCGUCCUCCUUCUCCUCCUUGGCUAGCGCCACGUCGGUGCUGCGUGCGCAUGAAACGGAGGUGUGCGGCCUCAAGUGGUCCCCGACAGGGGCUAUGCUGGCGAGCGGCGGCAACGAUAAUCAACUGCUGCUGUGGGAUCGCCGGAGUAUCUCGACGGGAAGCCACAGCAGCGGCGACACCAGUGGGAUCCACCGCCACGGCGAGUGUCGUCCCAUUUUUUUCCUGAAUAAGCACACCGCAGCGGUGAAAGCACUCAGCUGGAACCCGACGCAGCCGGCCCUCCUGGCCAGCGGUGGCGGUUCGCAUGACAAGGCACUGCGCUUCUGGAACUCGCUGACGGGUGAGUGCGUCCACCACAUCAAUACCGGCAGCCAAGUGUGCGGUGUCGUAUGGAGCCGCACUGGCACGGAGCUCGUCACGGCGCACGGCUACACGGACAACCAGCUCAGUAUCUGGCGCUAUCCAUCCCUGCGGCGCAUUGCCAACCUGAUUGGUCACACGUCACGCGUGCUGCACCUCGCCCUCUCAGCAGACGGUCAAACGGUCGUGUCGGCCGCCGGAGACGAAACACUUCGCUUCUGGCGCUGCUUCCCUGCCAGCGAGCCACGCGAGUCGUCGCCGCACCUGUACCGAAGCUCUUAUAGCUCGCCGAACAGCUUCUCGUUUAGCUCCACCAUGCAUGGAGGAAGCGCAGGAAUGAUCCCAGGCGGCAUUUCCACCUCCGCGUCCUCCAUGGCCCGUGUGAGGGCGGUUGCCAUCGCGUCUGGUCGGUGCGGCAGCCUCUCGCAAGACCGCGACAGCCGCUUCUCUAUGAACGAAGAAGUUGAGCUGCGGUGA